AGGCGUAAAGAUUCCUAAACGAGAGCAGAGAGACAGAGACAGAGAGACAGAGAGGAGCUGAGACAAAAUGGCUGACAGAUUUUCAAGGUUCAACGAAGAACGUGAUUUCCAGGGCGGGAAUCACUUUGACCAGUAUGACGAGGGCCAGCUGGAGUUGGAACAAGCCUCAUUGGACAAGCCCAUAGAAUCGGAUAACAUCGGCCAUCGGCUACUUCAGAAACAUGGCUGGAAGCUGGGACAAGGCCUCGGCAAAACCAUGCAGGGACGCACCGACCCCGUACCCAUCAUCGUCAAAUAUGAUGUCAUGGGGAUGGGACGCAUGGAAAUGGAGCUGGACUACGCCGAGGACGCGACGGAAAAGCGGCGAGUGUUGGAGGUGGAGAAAGAGGACACUGAGGAGUUGCGGCAAAAAUACAAGGAUUUCGCAGAGAAAGAGAAAGCCAUUGCCAAGGCAUUGGAAGACCUGAGAGCUAACUUUUACUGUGAGCUGUGUGAUAAACAGUAUCAGAAACACCAGGAAUUUGACAAUCACAUCAAUUCUUACGACCACGCGCACAAACAGAGGCUGAAAGAGCUAAAACAAAGGGAAUUCGCCCGAAAUGUGUCCUCACGGUCUCGCAAGGAUGGAAAAAAGCAGGAGAAGAUGCUGCGGCGUUUACACGAGCUGGCGGAGCUAAGGAAGCAGCAGGAUUGUGUUCCUGGUAGCGGACCAAUGUUCAAGCAAACCACAGUAGCAGUCGACGGAGACGAAGGUGGAUUCUCAAACAUCGAUGGUGUUCCUAUGACCCCAGAACCUGUGCCUGAGGAACCUUCAGCAGAGGAUAAGGAUAAGGGAAAUUCUGCUGGUUUGGAACAAAGCUCCCCAAAAUUAGGCCCAACAAUUAGUUUCUCUUUUCGCAAGAACACUUCCUCACCCGUACCAAGUGGCGGAUCCAACGCUCCCAAAGUCAGUGUGUCCUUCUCCUUCGCUAAGAAAGCACCCGUUAAGCUAGAGACGGCUGCUGCUGUGUUUGCAGACCUUGGAGAAGAAGCAGUGGAAGGAGAAGAAUGCCAGGAAGAAGUCGUCGAAAAGAUGGCAGGGGAGGAAGGAGGUACGGCAUCCAGCACUGACAGCCCGGAGAGUACUUCAGGUGGCAUGGGUGGAGGAGGGGAUGAGCAGCCACAGUCUGAUGAUGGCGCAACCCUGGCCUCCACGCUAAACAAGCUGAAGAUGAUGAUGAUGAAGGAGGAAGGUUACUCUGGGCAAGAGCCACAAUAUUAUCAUUACAUGCCUCCUGCGCACUGUCGGGUAAAGCCUCAUUUUCAGUUUCUGCUCUUCAUGAAGGCCUCUGACCAGUGUGGUAGUCGGGAUGAGGAAGAGGAUGGGGAGGAAGAACAGAAAGCAGUACCAGCGGAAGGAGAUGCGGUACAGAAGGAGCCUACGGUCAAUGAUUGCAAACCAGAGAAGGAGCCUGCAAAGGAGCCGAUUACAAGUUCUGCUUCAUCGCCCAAAACGGAAGAAAUAUCAGAUAACACUGCAGGAGUAGUGAGCAAUGCAGAUUCCUCAAGCACUGCUUUCCAGUCAGCUGAAGCUAAGCAGGACGCAGCUGAACCUCAAGAUGCAGGCCCUCGCCUGCCAACAGGACCCUUUUUUCCUGUUUUAAGUAAGGAUGAGAGCACAACCUUACAGUGGCCCUCUGAACUCCUAGAGUUCACCAAAGCCCAGCCUUCGCUUUCUUACAGUUGCAACCCUCUUUAUUUUGAUUUUAAACUUUCCCGGAAUAAAGCCAGCCGAGCAGGUAAAGUGAACAAACCUGGGAAAUCAGAUGCUGAUGGCGGAGAGUGCUCUAAGCCCGAUGAUAUGACUGGCUCUAGCAGAGAACCUAGCACAACUGCGCCGCCAUUACCAAGUGUUAACACUGACAAUAAAGAUGAAUCUUCCUUGAAAGAAAAGAACGCAGGUGAUGAGAAGAAAGACAAGAAGUCUGAAAACUCUGCAGACGGAGCCGGAGGUUCCAAGGAAAAGAAAAAGAAGAAGAAACGCAAGAAGUCGAGCAAGAGAGCCAAGCGAAAGGAAAAAGAGAAAGCGGAAGGGGAGAUGGAGACAGCAACACCAGGAGAGAAGACCAAAAAGAAAAAGAAACACAAACGGAAGAAAAACAAAAAUAAGGUACGUGUCGAGGAAGAUGAGAAAGCAGGAGAAGGUAAAGAAAAAAAAGAAACGGGUGACAAAGGUGGAACCAAUUCCUCCGCCCAGUCUACAGGCGGGACUUCGACCUCAGAUGGAGGAAAGAGGAAAAGGCUCCAUAAAGAAGUGUCACAAAGAGCAGCACCUCAAGAGGGCAACACAGGAAAAAGCAACUCUUCAGAAGAACACAGUGGUACAAAGCGUCCCAAAUCUGACCCAAGCACAUCGGUGGCAUCCUGCUCUGCUUCUGCCAAGAAGAGUCCUGUCGGUGGUCAACCACCAACUAGCGAAAGUGAUGAAGAUGGAGGCUCAGCGUCUCAGCGCUCACGUCGUCCUCACCGUCACACUACCCCUCCACGUGAACGGCGUCACCACAGCGAGGACUCUCGCCAGUCAGGUCGCUCACAUAGUCGUUCCUCUCGCAGGGGAGACCGCAAUCAUCGGCGUAACAGAGGUCAAGCAUCUCGUAGCCGGUCAUAUUCAAGUAGCUCUGAGCGCUCCUCGGCAGGAAGCAGUGCUUACAGCCACCACAGCCGCAGCUAUUCAGACAGCUAUAGUGACUACAGCGAUGGAGAGCAUCGCAGGACAAAAAGACGGUCUUCGGACUCUGAGUACGAUAGGAGAGGUGGUGGACGAUCACAUAGACGACAUUAUUCCUCCUCCUCUACUGAAGACGACUCGCGUUCGCGAUCACGCUCGCAUAGCCGCAGAAAGCACCAUAGACGGAGGCGUCAUCGCAGCAGUAGCCGGAGUUACAGUCGUAGCAGCAGGAGCAGCAGCGCCCGCUCAUACCGACGCAGCAGUUACAGCCGCAGCCGCAGCUCUGCCAGUCGCUCGUCCAGCUCCACCAAAGGCUCAACACAUCGGCACAGUCACAACCGACGAGAGGAUAGCUCUUCACGUCGACGUGAUUUUAAUCGCUCUCGUAUCUACCGAUCACAGUCUCCGAGGUCUUCCUCGUCCCGUGCACAGACACGAACCAGCAACUCGACUCAAGCUACUAAAGGAAGUGGGUCAGGAGCGGGCACUUCAGAACAUCGGAACUCUCUGACAGCACGACAGCUUCUAGAAAAAGUCCAGUCUCGCAAGGGCGGUGAAGAUUCAGGAACAGGAAGCAAACCAGGCACCAAAAUUAAGGAUCCUCCACAGGGCUACUUUGGGCCCAAGCUCCCACCAGUGCUCGGAAACAAGAGCAUGUUGCCCUUGUUCGGUAAACUGCAAGCAGGAAAAAAGACACCGUUGCUCUCUGUAAUGCGAACAGAGGACGGGGAUAAGUCCGGGAUUGGAAAACGUUCUGAUUCUAGUAAUGAAGUGAUUCUCGUGGAGCCUAUUCGUGAGUUUCCUCCUCCACCCCCUCCACCACCUCCACCAGUCCUCCAACAGCAGCAAAAGGUGGAGGAGCCUGUCGCAAAUACUGUGGUCUCAGAUGACGCCAGAAACCAAGCAUCGGAACCCCAAGUACUCCAUGAACCACAGGCAAUAUUUGAGCAGGAUUCAGCUAAGGUUAUGCCUGCAUACCAAGGUGAACCUGGACAAGACCCCAACAACCCAAUGAUAGAUGGAUGUAUGUUGGGAUCUGACAUGAGCCAACAAACGGCCAUGCAUGCCUAUCAAGGCUACCCCACUAUGGAAGAGGAGGAAAUGGGCAUGGAGGCUGAAGAGGAUGGCCUGGCACCACUUGAGAGCCAGCCAAUCACAUUUACUCCAGAGGAGAUGGAGAAGUAUAGUAAACUACAACAAGCAGCGCAACAACACAUCCAGCAGCAACUCCUAGCAAAACAGGUGAAAACUUUCCCCUCGGCUGCGGCCGCUGCGGCGGCAGCUAACCUGGCAGCUGCUGCCAGCCUCGCCCCAGCACCUCCUCCACAGCCUGCUGCUUUACAACAGAUUCACAUACAGCAGCCCGCCGUGUCUGCAACUUCAGCCACAUCCAUUACGACCGUGCAACACGCUUUACUGCAACAUCACGCCGCUGCCACGGCAAUGGGCAUCCACCCUCACACAGCACACCACGCCCAUCCUGCUCAUGCUCAACUUGCCCAAGUACACCAUAUACCCCAACAUCACCUCACCCCUAUCUCUUUGUCACCUCUGGGCCAUACAUUAGGCCACACUUUGGGUCAUUCAUUAGGGCACACUGGCCUGAUCCCAGCUCACCCAUCUGCCUUUCUCCCCGGGCAGCCAAUCCACAUAAUCCCAGCAUCCGCACUCCACCAUGCCCCGUUAGCAUUGCACCACGUCCCCCAUGCUGCACUGUACCCUACUCUCUUUGCACCACGGCCAGCCACUGCAGCGGCAGCAGCGGCUCUUCAACUCCACCCUUUUCUUCACCCUAUAUUCUCAGGGCAAGACCUUCAGCAUCCUCCUAACCAUGGCUCCUGAGAUAAAGCCUGUUCGUUCUCCAUAGAGUGUGUGUGUGAGAGGUAGCUUUGCUUUCGGGUAUCAGCCCUCUUUCCAUGAGUGGUUGUUUCAGAAAUGUAAUAUCAGUUAGUGAUGUUAGAGGGUAAUAUCAAAAUCAUAAUUAGAAGGAAUAUUUUGUAAAAGUAAAAAAAAAAAAAAAUUACAAUACAGAAAAGCUGUGUGAGGAGGGGGGGGUGGUCCCCUUUAAAUUU